AUGCCUUGUGAUGUAUGCAUUGGUCAAGGCAGAGCAGAGCCAAACAAGCUCUUCAUCGGACAGCUGGCCUUUGAAGCUGAAGAAGGCGACCUCCAAGAGAAGUUUGGGAGGUAUGGAGAGAUCCUCAAUAUUCAAAUUAUCAAAGACAACAUGACUGGAAAGUCCAAAGGCUAUGGCUUCAUCAAAUUUGCUGAGACUUCUGAUGCUGAGAAAGUGUUGAGGACAAUGGAUGGCGCAGAGAUUUGUGGCCGCAAGUGCAAACUGGAUAAAGCUGGCGGAGGAAGACAGAAUGCGUCUCGAUAUGAUCGGGAUGACCGGCGUGGUGGCGGCCGUGGGCGCGACGGGAACAACAAAGAGCCAGAGAAGCUGUUUAUCGGAAAGCUAUCACCGGACGCCACAGAGGAUGACGUAAGAGAAGCAUUCCGAAGACUUGGUGACAUCAAGGUACAACUGAUCAAGGAUAGGGACACUGGUGACUCUCGUGGCUUUGGCUUCGUCACCUUCUCGGAUGCUUCGAAAGCUGAAGAGGCGCUUCGAUCAUGGCAAGGGACAGAGAUCGCUGGACAAGGUUGUAGACUGGAGCGUCCUGGUCAGAAGCCUCAAGGCGGACAAAGGGGAGGCGGCCGCGAUUCGCGCUCACCAAGCCGCAGAGAUCGUCGUGGGGAUGGCCGCUCACGGUCCCGGGGACGACGUCAAGAUCGAGAUGAUUGGGACCGGAGGGGACGAGCUCGGGAUCGAUGGGAAGCUCGACCGCGCGAUCGGCGUCAAGGUGGCAGAGGUGAGAGAGACCGGGGAGAACGUGAUCGAGGCGAUCGAGGGGAUCGUGAUCGAGGUGAUCGAGAUCGAGGCGAUCGAGGUCGAGGUGAUCGCGGCGAUCGAGGGGAUCGAGGCGAUCGAGGCGAUCGCGAUCGUCGAGAUCGUGGCCGAGAGCGUGACGAUAGAAGAGAUGAGGGACGAGGACGAGAUGACAGAGAUGAAAGUGAUUCACGGGAUUCACGAGCUGAAGAAAGCCAGCGCGAACGCCGUUCUCGGACACCGGAUGGACUGCCCAGGAAAAGUGAAGCCAUCAGCGCAGCCCGAAAUGCAUAUGAGGAUGCAUACCAGCGUGUGCAAGAUGCACGCGAGGAAGCAGAUUCGGCAGAGGCCUCAUUAAAGAAGAUGCAAAAGGAUGCAAUGCGGGCAGUGGAUCGCAAGGUCGCAGAUGAAACUGAAAGGAUCAAGGCAGAUCUGGAAGACAAACUCAGUGAGAUGAGAAGCAAAGCAAAGAAUACCCUAGCUUUGUCCAUGGAUACAGCAGAACUUAAGCUGCGUGAAGAGUUGGCCGAGAAGAUUGCCCAGAUCAGAAAGGACCCGUUGCCUUUUCGUCAGGCAAGAAUUGAGCCUGCUUGGAGUUCCCAGUUCUGCAGUUGAGAGGGUUUUGCCCAUCUUCAGGUCACAAGGGCCAAGGGUCUGGAGACAACUUGUUUGAUGAUUUGCUGAUAAUGUUGACUGAAACAUAUUGCAGAACAUGUUGAGAGUUGUUUCCUACAUUAUGAAGUACAGUGAUAAGGUCAAGUGAGGGUUCCAUCUAAGGAGAAAUUUCUUUGCACGGGAAUUUCUAUGUCAUAUUCACUCAGUUGAGCAAUGAUUUCUUCCGAAGGAAUAGUCGCGGUGUCCGAGGUUUUUAGGAUUAAUAAAGUAGGGGUUUCCAGGAGCAAUAUUUCCUGAAGCACGAUUCUUUGAUCAAAUAUAUCCAAUCCUUUUAGUAAAUUUGCUACGGGGCCAUUGACAUUGGCGACUAGCCAAGUCAAAGAGUCUCUUUUGAAUGAUCAAUUUUUUCAAAGUCUUCUUGCCCUGCUCAAAUGCUGAGCCCCUAUAGAGCCCAAAUCCAAAGUACAGUGAUUUAAAAUCAUGUUGCAGAACAUGUUGAGAGUUCGCGAGGGACUUUGCAGAAACAUAACAACGAACAAAAUGCUUUUGAGGCCUCGCCGUGCUUGAUGUAAAGUUUGUCUAUUGUGGAACAAUAUGAGACUGUCCAGUCAGUUGCAGUGGACUUCUUGCAUUUGUCUCAAUAUGUCCCCUCAGACCCUUGGAUGCAACACUGGGGUGGCAAUUUGCCAAAUGUGCUCGAAAACUGCACACCUGAAC